AUGAGACAAGCUAAACGCUCCAUCCCAUCUUCUACCCCAUCCUCUCCACCAACCUCUCCACCAACCUCUCCACCAACCUCUCCACCAACCUCUCCACCAACCUCUCCACCAACCUCUCCACCAACCUCUCCACCAACCUCUCCACCAACCUCUCCACCAACCUCUCCACCAACCUCUCCACCAACCUCUCCACCAACCUCUCCACCAACCUCUCCACCAACCUCUCCACCAACCUCUCCUCCAACCUUUCCUCAAACCUCUCUCCUCUUCUCCCCCAUAAGGAAACCUUUGUUUCUCAGCCCUCGCCAACCGACUACACUGCAGAAACUCUCGAAGACAUUUAAAACUGUCGAAUCAUGA